UGUUAAAUGUCAGAUUGCAAUAAACUAGAAGCUGUUGGUCGGGCCCGCGGAAAUGGGCGAGCAUAAUCUUCUUAAUCCAGGGUUUGUGGGACCUUUGGUAAACAUCCACACUGGAGACACAUUUUACUUUCCGAAUUUUAGAGCCUCAGGGGGACAACUGGCGGGGCUACCGUCGCUCUCCUACCCGAGAAGGGACAAUGUUUGCUCCCUCCCGUGGAAUCCUUCGGAGCCGUGCAAUGGAUACUCUCAAUCCUACUUUAGCAGCCCCGUGUCUAUUAACCCUUCUUUCAAUCGGUCGUGUGAAAUUAGCAGACCAGAAGAGGGCAAAUGUUAUUAUAACAACGGCAACGGGAACAGGGAGACCUGUUCAGGUGGCAGCAGCCUCAAACGAGAGGAUAGGGCGAGAGACACAUCAUCAUUAACAUCUGACCACGGGAUGCACAGUGGAAUAGGCAGCACAGCCGCCUUCUCCAAAUAUGAUUAUGGGACCGAGCAGCUAACGCAAGAUCCGCCAUCCUGUCAGUCAAUGGAGUCCGACUCCAGCUCCUCUCUGCUCAACGAGGGCAGCAAGCCUCCAUCCAGCGACACACAGACCCUGGUGUCACCGGGAAGCCAUUCAAGCAACAUAGCCGCAAGCGGAGGUGCUCCGUGGUACCCGAUGCACACUCGGACCAGAAAGAAGCGUAAACCGUAUUCCAAACUUCAGCUGGCUGAGCUAGAAGGUGAAUUCAUGCUGAAUGAGUUCAUCACCAGGCAGCGGCGGAGGGAGCUCUCCGACCGGCUGAACCUCAGCGACCAACAAGUGAAGAUCUGGUUCCAGAACCGCAGGAUGAAGAAGAAGAGACUCAUGCUGAGGGAGCAAGCCUUGGCCUACUUUUAGAGAUGCGGCAGAAGGUGAAUCGAUAGGCAGUAAAAAGCCAAGCCUUCUACGCUCCCUUAGGUCUUAUUUCAAUGCAUGCACUCAUCUAUCCAUCUUUUACA